AUUCCUUACUUGUUCUCAGGUCAUGGAUUUCCCAGGGCACUUUGAGCAGAUCUUCCAGCAGUUGAACUACCAGCGGCUGCAUGGACAGCUGUGUGACUGUGUGAUCAUGGUAGGCAGCCGUCAUUUCAAGGCCCACCGCGCCGUGCUUUCCGCCUGCAGUACGCAUUUCAGAGCCCUGUUUACUGCUGCCGAGGGAGACGCCAGCACGAGGAUGAUCCACCUGGACUCCGAGGUGGUGACAGCUGAAGCAUUUGCUGCUCUCAUGGACAUGAUGUACACAUCCACGCUGAUGCUAGGAGAGAGUAACGUUAUGGAUGUCUUGUUGGCUGCUUCUCAUCUGCAUCUAAACGCUGUGGUGAAAGCCUGUAAACACUACCUUACGACUCGCACACUGCCCAUGUCUCCUCCGGCAGACCGUGGUGGGCAGCAUCACGCUGAGCAGCAACAAGCAGCAGCGGCUGCAAACUCUCAUCUCCAGCGCUCAUUUCUGCUGCAACAGCUCGGUUUAAGCUUGGUCAGUUCUGCCCUGAGUGGGGCUGAAGAUGGGGGAACGGGGACCGGGAGGAGAACGGGAUCAGGGUUGGUGGAUCAGCAUGGCUCUCACCCGACACGCCGUUUCCUGAAGCGCAAACAGCCCAUGGCCCUGACCGCUCCUGAGCGGGGGAGGCCGCGCAUCUCCUCACAGGUGGGGGUAUCGGAGGGCCGAGAGGGUGGAGAGGAGCUUCUGUCUCCAGAUUCCCACAGUAAGAUGGUGGAUGAGGUCGUCGCUGGGAUCAUUCCUGGGGAUGGUGGAGGUUUACUAGAGCAAGAUGAGUACAGAAGGGGACUGAACCAUGAAGACAUGCAACUUCCCAGCCAGUCAGAUGGAGGCAGGGGAGCAGGACCGGAAAAAACUUUGCUGCUGCCGCGUAAGGAGGAGUACCCUGACGCGAGCCAUCACCAUAGCGAGGGGAUAAAGAUAAAGAAUGGAGGUGAGGAAGAAGAGGAGCAGCAGCACAUGCAAGUCGUGGUGAAGAGUGAGCCACUGAGUUCUCCCGAGGCUGUUGAUGAGACUAGCGACGUUACCUCUCAGGCUGAAGGGAGUGACCAGGUGGAACCAGUUGGAGAAAAGCUGGAGCUGAGUCCGGAGGGCAGUGAGCGCAGCUUCUCUGAUCCCCAUCCCAGCUCUGAGCUACUGCUUAAAGGAAACAAGGGAUUAGGAGCAGGAGAAGACAGAGGAAGAAGAGAGGAGCUCACCUGCAGUGAAGCUCUGGAGUCGUCCUCCGGAUUGCAUAUCUCCAGUUUCCUCAGCACAAAGACCUUUGCUGGCAGAGGGGCGUCAUCUAACCUUACUCAUAGUGUUGACAAUGUUCCCAACACUACAACCGGAGAGUUUCAAGCAGACCACGAUUCUGCUCGCUACUUCCUCCCUACUGAUUCCAUCAACACUGCAUCAUCCUCUCUGCAUCUUCUUCCAGGCGAGGCUCAGGUCUGCUCUGACUUGCAGCCAGAGUCCCUCUUUUUGCGGCCACUGCAUGAUGGAAUAGCAUCAUCCACUUCAUUAACUGCGUCCCGUGGUGGAUCGGUGGACCAGCUUGCGCUCGAGUUCCAGCGCAACAUUUUGGGAUUACAGACCUUCCCUCGUUCAUCCAGGGGUGGCGGCGGGUGCCACUCAUACCGGCGCAUCGCUCCCAAAGUACCGCCAGGAGGGGCUUUAACGCUUACGGAUGGCCCUCAGCAACUUGACGUUGCUUCCUCGUCCUCUUCCUCCUCAAUGCUUCUCAAUGGAGUAAGCUUUGAGGGAUCUGUCAAUGUAGGUCAAAAUGGUGGCAGCUCCAACUUGAACCCUCUCCCCCAGUUGACAAGAGCCUCUGCAGAUGUUCUGUCAAAGUGUAAAAAGGCGCUUUCCGAGCACAACGUGCUAGUGGUGGAAGGCGCCAGGAAGUAUGCCUGCAAGAUCUGCUGUAAGACGUUCCUCACUCUGACGGACUGCAAAAAACACAUCAGAGUUCAUACGGGAGAGCGCCCGUAUGCCUGUCUGAAAUGCGGCAAACGCUUCAGUCAGUCCAGUCACUUGUACAAGCACUCGAAAACAACCUGCUUACGAUGGCAGAGCAGUGAAAUGUCUAAUGCCCUGCUCUAAUUCAUCACAUUCGCACGCACUCCAAAGACGCCAUACAAGGAUGACUUUUGCAGUCAGUUUCUCUGCUGUA